GUAGACAAACACUGUAUAAACUCCGCUAACAACCACAUCAUAGCAUGUUAAUGCCACAGUAAGGACGUUUAUUAUCGAAGAAAGAACCAUCGUUUUGGACUAGUCGAGAUACAGCAAGAGGAUCCCGAGUGUCGCUAAACCUAAACUCCAUAUUGCCACACCAAAUCAUAGCAGUCAUGGCCUCGAAACGCGGGUAUGAACAGCUUUCUAUCAGAGUCAAAGGACGACCAAAGUGUGUGAUUCACCAACAAAAUGACGCCAAAUUAUUGUGUCAAGACUGCCAAAUGAUGAUCUGUAUAACAUGCGCCUUAAGUAGUCAUAAACUACACAUAGAUAGCUUUCAGGAAUUAACAGAAAUUGAAACCCAUGAAAAAAAUAUUACCCAAGACAUAGUCAUUCAGACCGACAACGCUAGCAUUCCGAAACUGAACCAGGAACUUAGUUCAUGUCAAACAGAAAUGUCUUCAUGUAAACCCCUCUUCAAAAAACUUCGCAAAGACAUCAUCGACAAUAAUAAUCAAAGUAAGUUACGACUGGACAAGAUAACCGAGAAUUAUUUAUCAAUUUGCGAUAAGCUGGAGGUGGCGAACACGGACCUUAUCCAGACCCACAUCACAGACCUGGAGAGGAGGUUGGAUACUCUGAAGAAACUUCAUGAAGAUCACAAACAGACUCAGCAGAAAGGAACUGAUGAACUCGCAUGCGACUCGGAAUCAAAAAUCCAGGAAAUGGAUUCAAACAUCCAAUCGACACCGGAUAUAGACACUACAGAGUUAACUCCAAAUAUGGACAGACACAGUAACCUAAAGCAGGCCAUCGGGACCAUAAACACUCCUUCGAACCAUCUCCAGACAGGACCAGCAAAUUGUGGUCACUCUGGUCAAAGUCCAGUAGUCCAAUCAAAACAGCUUACAGAGACUGGCCAAGCGUCUAGUCAAGAAGGCCGGUACAAACUUCAUGACCGUCCAACCGUCAUGUCCGAUUUCUCAUCCCCGGAUAUCAUCAUAUCGAUCUGUCCUACAUAUGAUGGACGUGCAUGGCUGUGCUAUCUUCUCGAGAAGAAAGUAGAGCUAAUCAGCAACGAAGGCCAGGUCAUACAGACGAUACAUCACAACAGUUACAUUAGAAACAUCAGUCUGCACCCCACCACAGGUCGUCUGUGGUUCUGUUGUUAUGAUGACAGGACUAUCUGUGAAGUAUCUCCACCAUCUUCACCAGUCACAAGGUUCACUACAGAGGAUGUUCCGCGCAGUCUGUGUGUGACCAGGGAGGAUCAGGUAGUGGUGGGUGCAGGAGGUUUACAGGAGUUCAAGGUGGUGAUGUACACAGAAGACGGUCUGGUGUUACAUACAGACAUGGUGGAGGUGUCAGGGAGAGGGUAUGUACGCUCCAUCACACAGUGCAGUGUUACAGGUAAUAUAGCUGUAAUGAGUAGUAAACUGAUCAUUGUAUUCAACCAAACACUCCAGCCUCUGGUUCAUUACCGGGGGGAGGGGAUACAGGUACAGAAGUCUGUCUCACAAGACGAGUUCUAUCCACACAGAGUUGUGUAUGACAGUAGGGGGAAUAUUGUUAUUGCUGACUGGGCAAGAAAAACAAUAGAACUGAUAAGUGGAACAGGGAAGUACAUAAAAACACUUCACACAAACAAAGUAUACCAGGGACCAGUAGGUAUACAGAAGGGUGAUGUGUUGUGGACAUACUUACAGUUAGGUACGGGAGAGCGGGGACUCAAACUCUUCAAGUAUUAUAGUGACUAGUGUUUCGACGUUGAGUGAGGAUACGGACAAUCUAUACCAGUAGAUUUAAUAUCAGCUUUGUACUUCUGAAGGAUACUGUACAUAAGGCAGAGUUAAAUGGAAUUUCAAUGUGUUCGCGCUACUGCUUCAUCUGAUUCAUUAAUACCAUCCUAUGUUUGCUGAACAGAAAUGUUUUACGCUUUCAUCACAGAAACUAGUUUGUGCUCUAGAAUACUCACAAACCAAUUAUGGCAUUUCAUCUUCGUUACCCCCACAGGGAAUUGGCAUCAAUACCAUCUGUAUGUCUUGGAAUAAAUACUAUACCAAUGGAUCGUGGAUUUCCUUUACAGUUGAUUGUACAAUGUCAAUUUGUUAAUGUCUCUCAAAGUACACAUUCUUUCCUAACCAAAACUGGAAUAUACUUAUAUAUGUUUCAUUGAUGACAUUGUCAUUAUAUAACCUUACCAACAGUAGUUGAGCAUUGCUAUCUCAUAAUCUGCCAACCGGCGCAUUAACAUUGUGCCAUGUGAAGAACACCGCAGUUGUGGAAAAAGUCUAAAGAAACACAUUUUCCUUUUGAAAAAUGGACAGUUUAUUUAUUUAUUUUUUGUAGUAUUUUCUUGAUAUCAAUUUACAUUAAAUAUUUGUACUA